AUGGGCAUAAAAUCGCGCACGUUUGAUGUCAGUGCAACGACGACAGCGAGCGGAGGACGCGGGUACUCUCCGUCACAAGUGGGCGAGAAGCCCGUACGAGUAAAGUUAACGGCCAGUGAGCGCAAGAGGGUGGAGAAAAUGAUCCGCGAGGCGAAGAGUCUGCAAGAAAUUGCUAGGUUAGAGAAAGAGUUGAACGAGGGACGGAUACCGAAGGGGGCGAUGGAUGAGGAAGGAGACGUGGAUAUGAAAAUGUGA